AUGGCUCUCCUACCCUCUCUUUCUCUUAUCCUGCUUUCUCUCGCUGUUGGUCUUUACUUAUUCCCCUCCGUGCUGCGCAACGUCGGUCAGUUGCUGGGCAGCUACCUCCGCCGGUCAUCCCAAACCAGACGAGAACUUCUGCUAGCUCGGGUAGCCAGAGAACAGCAAGACUACGACGCGAAGCACAAGAACGAGAAGAGCAGGGGAGAUGACGAGUGGGAAGAGGUGGAGACUUCCAUGGUGGGGAGCGCGGUGAACGGCGGAAAGGCGGAUAAGGACUGGAGUGGUAUCGUGGGCUUCUUCCACCCAUUCUGCAAUGCAGGAGGCGGCGGCGAGCGGGUCCUCUGGGCCGCCAUCCGCGCAACCCAGAAGCGCUGGCCGGAAGCUGUUUGCAUAGUAUAUACGGGCGACCACGAUGUCGACAAGGCCGCAAUACUCAAGCGUGUCAAAGACCGCUUCAAUAUCCGUCUCCAUCCUCCGACCGUACACUUCCUUUACCUUACUACACGCCACUAUGUCCUCGCCAGCACCUGGCCGCGGUUUACGCUGCUGGGCCAGUCGAUAGGCUCCGUAAUUCUCGCCUAUGAUGCCUUCACGCUGCUUGUUCCCGACAUAUUCAUCGACACAAUGGGUUACGCCUUCUCACUAGCCUUCUCCAGCCUCCUCUUCCCGUCAGUACCCACAGGCGCAUACGUCCACUACCCCACUAUAUCCACCGACAUGCUGGACUCCCUCAACGUAGGAGGCCAAGGCGUAAACGCAGGAGCAGGCCAAGGAUACCGCGGUCUAGUAAAGCGCCAGUACUGGAACCUCUUCGCCGCGCUCUACAGCAAGGUAGGUAGUCUCAUCAACGUUGUAAUGACAAACUCUACCUGGACCCAAACCCACAUCAAGUCCCUCUGGGGCCCGUACCGCAACCGAAGGAACAAGACCACCGACCACGACAUCGACGUCGUGUUCCCGCCCGUUGCCGUGGAAGAAUUAGAAACUGAGGUCGAAGUUUCAGUCGAAAGCGAGAACCAGCGCGGCCCUUACCUGCUCUACAUCGCGCAGUUCCGCCCAGAGAAAAACCACACGCUCAUCUUAAACGCCUUUGCCAAAUUCGCCAGCUCGAACCCGGACAUGCCUUCGUACCCCGGGCAGCGCCCAAAGCUCGUCUUGAUAGGCUCUGUGCGCGACUCUGAUGACGCGACUCGCGUGUAUAAGCUGAGGUUACUAGCACACGAGCUGCAUGUCAAAGACGAUGUCGAGUUCGUGUGUGAUGCGACGUGGCCGCAGAUGCUGGAAUGGAUGCGCAAAGCCAGCGUCGGCGUCAACAGCAUGUGGAACGAGCACUUUGGCAUUGGCGUAGUCGAGUACCAAGCCGCAGGCUUACUCUCCGUGGUCAACAACUCUGGAGGCCCAAAGCUGGACAUUGUAGUUCCGAUCGAUGGUCAACCUACUGGGUUCCACGCUUCUACUGCUGAAGAAUACGCCGAAGGCUUCUGCAAGGCGCUGUCGUUGAGCAGAGGGGAGACAUUGGCGAUGCGGAAACGAGCGAGAAAGUCGGCAGAGAGAUUUACCGAUCGCGGCUUCGCAGAAAAAUGGUUGUCGAAUAUGGAUCGGUUAGUAAUGCUGCAGGUUGCUAGGAACCCUAAGUAG